AUGUCGAACAGGUCGAAGGGAUCGCCGGGCUGGGAGGAAGGCCAGUCGGCGACGGGAUUCGGGCGGCGCCUGGGUGCGGAAGCGCAUCAGCUCGCCGGCUUCGAGGAUGCGCCGUUCGUUGCGCAUGUCCGGCGUUUCGAGCAGCACGCGGCUCUGCAGGAUGCGCACGCGGUCGAGUUCCUCGGGCUCGUCGACCAGGAUGCGGCCGAGCAGCCAUACCGACGCGGUGGGCGCGCGGACCAGCGUCACGUCGCCCGGCGCAUCGCCAGCCCACUUCGGACCGACGAUCAUGUGCGUCGCCAGGCCGUUGCCCUUUGCGCGAUGGCUGACGACGAGGAAGUUGUCGGACACUGGCCGCGGCGACUACAUCGACGUCUCGAUGCACGAAUCGCUGAUGGCCUCCUGCGCCAACGUGGUCGGCACGACCUUCGCCGAGAACAAGGCGCCCGACGUGAAGCAGCAACGAACGACCGGCGGCUCUGCUUUCUAUCGCGUCUACGACACGUCCGACGGCCGCCAGCUCGUGAUCGCCGGCCAGGAGAUGAAGUUCAUCAAGAACCUGCUGGGGCGCUCGGCAAACCGGAGAUGGCCAGCCUCUGCGAAUGGCCCGGCGCGCACCAGAAGCCGGUGAUGGACUUCCUCGCCGAGACCUUCCGCGCCAAGUCCUUGGCACACUGGAUGGACUAUCUGGCAACGCUCGAUAUCUGCUACGGCCCGGUCAACACGCUCCCCGAAGCCAUCGCCGACGCCAACCUGCAGAAGCGCGGCUUCAUGGUGACGGAUGACGACGGCCGCCUCCACUUCGGCCCCGUCGUCCGCUUCAAGGACGAACCGUCGAGCCCGCUCUAUCGCGAGCCGCUGUUGGGAGAGCAUACGGACGAGGUGCUGAAGCGUUAG